AUGGCUGCUUCUCUUGCGCUCGCAGCUCCAGCGGCGCUUGGUGCGCUCGCCUACGUCAAUGCCAAAGCCUCCAUCGGGUACGACCUUUUCAUGGCCAAGUGCAUCGCGCAGGGCCUUGUGGUGACUGCAUACAGGGAACGGACGCAGCGACUCGGCCUAUUCUCCGACUUGGAGUACUGGGCCACUCGCGCUGACCAUGCAGACCUGCCUCUUCUUCUGUAUCAGGGCAAAACGUGGGCGUAUGCACAAUUGUACGACACGGUGCUUCGUUAUGGGCACUGGUUAAAGACGAAACUGGGCAUCAAGCCCAACCAGGUUGUCGCCAUGGCCUAUACAACAUCCGACAUGUUUGUCGUUACCUGGAUGGCGCUCUGGAGUAUCGGAGCCAAGCCGGCGUUCAUCAACCACCUUCUGACAGGAAAGGGACUGGCGCACUGCUUGCGCAUAUCGACUUCGGCCAUCUGUCUAGUUGAUCCUGCGGUCGCCUCUCCAAUUCAAGAGGUCAGCGGGGAUGUUUCCCCUAUGAAAAUGGUCGUCGUGACGCCGGAAUUGCAAAGAGCGGCGUUCAGUGGUCCAGCGGUUCGCUACCCAGACGAAGACCGGAAGAUUGAGGCCAAAACAGAUCUCGCUAUUCUCAUCUAUACGUCUGGCACUACUGGGUUUCCUAAGGCUGCUGUCGUAUCGUGGCAAAAGGUGAUUCGGUUAUGUAUCAUCACGCGUAAUAUGAUGGGUCUUGGAAAAGGCCACACUCUAUACACAUCCAUGCCGUUUUAUCACAGCGCCGGAUCUCUCGUCGGGUUCGCCUCGACCUUGUUCGCAGGCGGCACAAUCGCCUUUAGCCAAAAAUUCUCCAAGAACACAUUCUGGAAAGAGAUUCGCGAAACCAAGGCCGACUCCAUUGUGUACAUUGGCGAGGCGCUGCGAUACUUGCUCGACGCGCCGACAGAACGCGAUCCAGUGACGGGGGAGAGUCUGGACAAGAAGCACAACGUCAAGCUGAUAUACGGUGCUGGCCUUCGAGCCGACGUCUGGCCCAAGUUCAAGGAGAGAUUCGGCAUUGACACGAUCGUCGAGUUUUACGGAGCCACCGAGGGCGUGACGGGUACUUGGAACAUUAGCCGCAACUCGCUGUCUCAGGGCGCGGUCGCUCGCGUCGGCUGGCUUCUCCGCACGCUCCUCUACAACAGGGUGACAAUCAUCGUGCUAAACGACUGGGAGACCGACACCCCCCUGCGCGACGCCAACGGUCUCUGCAUCAAGGCCAAAGUCGGCGAGACGGGCGAGAUGCUCAUCAAGGUGCCGGCCGAGGACAUCAACUCCGAGUUCCAGGGCUACUACAAAAACUCCAAGGCGACGGAGGAAAAGGUUCUUCGCGACGUCGUCACCAAGGGCGACGCCUGGUUCCGGACCGGCGACGCGCUCCGCUGGGAGCAGGACGGGCUGCUCUUCUUCAGCGAUCGCCUCGGGGACACGUUCCGCUGGAAGGGCGAGAACGUGUCGACCAUGGAGGUCGGCAACGUCAUGGGCAUGCACCCCUGCGUCGCGGAGGCCAACGUCUACGGCGUCGAGCUGCCGCACCACGACGGUCGCGCCGGCUGCGCCGCGACGUCUUUCCGCGGCGGGGCGCCGCCGACCAGCGAGGACCUUUGCAGCCUGGUCACGCAUCUGCGCACAUCUCUGCCGCGGUACGCCGUGCCGCUUUUCCUCCGGCUCGUGGAUGAGGUCGGCAGCGCUUCGUCGACGACCGGAACGCACAAGCAGCAAAAGGUCGCGCUAAGAAGGGCCGGCGUCAACCCGGUGGACGAAAAGGGCGAGGAUGUCACGCUGUACUGGCUCAAGGGCGACACAUAUGUGCCGUUUGGCAAGGCGGAGUGGCAGCGUAUGCAGAGUGGCAAGGUGAAGCUGUAG